AUGGAUACGCUGAAUUGCUCGGUUGCUGAACCUUUUCCCGUUCUGCAUGAAUGGUACCAGCCAGGUGAUCUCUUAAUUGGAGGGAUGGUUUCUCAGAUUAUAUUUAUUUCCAAUGAACAUUGGUUUGAUGAAUACCCAUCACACAGGAUAUUUGAGAUGACAAAUAUGAUCACAAAAUUCUACCAGCAUGUCCUUUCCUUAGAAUUUGCUAUUGAGGAGAUCAACCGGGAUCCACAAAUCCUAUCCAAUGUCACACUUGGUCUCCACAUCUCAGACAGUUUCUAUGAUCCAAGAAUGACUUAUCGGACCACUCUGGACCUGCUUUUCAAAUCAAACAGAUUUCUUCCCAACUAUGAAUAUGGCAUUCCUAAAAAUCUCAUGGCCAUUCUUGGAGGACUUGGGUCUGAUACUUCUUCCCAAAUUGCAGGAAUUAUAGAUUUCUACAAGAUACCUCAGAACGAAAUCUGUUCAGCCUUCCUGCAACAGGUCCCAGGAAUUCCCACUUUUGAUAACUUGGAUAAAUUUGGUGGCAUAACAUCUACUCUUCAUCAACUUUACAUAGACAACAAGGCAAACACAUUUAUCAUUUAUGGAGAAUCUUUGUUGCUUGUAUGGUUCACAAGUGUCAUAUUUUUGUUGGAUCCUACCUUUGAAGUGAAUAUGUCCUUUACAAAAGUUUGGGUCAUGACCAGUGAUCCCAUAAUUGUCCCGAAUGAAUGGUACCAGGAAGGGGACCUUGUCAUUGGUGAAAUGGUAUCCAUGGCGAACUACCAUUUCAACGAACUCUCAUUUCAGCAGCAUCCCUCUCAGGAAUAUUUUGGCAAUCCAGAAGCGCUGACAAAAUUCUACCAGCAUGUCCUUUCCUUGGUCUUUGCUGUGAAGGAGAUCAAUGAGAAUCCAAAAAUCUUGUCCAACAUCACUCUUGGCUUCCAUAUCCAUGACAGCUACUACAAUGCUAUGAUGACCUAUCGAACUACUAUAGACCUCCUCUUCAGGUUACAAAAAUUUGUCCCCAACUAUAAGUGUGACACCAGGAAGAAUCUCAUUUCCAUCAUUGGGGGACUCAGCUUUGAAACUUCCUCCUAUAUCGCUAACCUUUUACAGUUUUACAAGAUUCCACAGCUUACAUAUGGGUCAUUUACCCCGCAGGAUAUUCAUAGUGCUGAGAUUCCCUUCUAUUACUCCAUGGUCCCAAAUGAGUCCACCCAAUAUAUUGGGAUUAUCCGACUGCUUCAGCAUUUUGGGUGGAGAUGGGUUGGGCUCCUUGCUAUUGAUAAUAGGCACGGAGAUUAUUUUCUGCAGACCAUGGAGUCCCUCUUUUCCCAGCACGGAAUCUGCUCUGCUUGUACACAAAGAAUUCCUUUCUUAACUUACUGGGAUAAAUUAUUUGAGAUGAUGGAGAAAGGGAAAAACAUUUACAACCAAAUCACUACCAAACAGAUCAACACCUUUAUCAUCUGCGGAGAAUCUUUGUCGGUUAUAUGGGUGACGAGUAUCAUUUUUUGGAUCGAUCCCGGACUUGGGCAGAGUUCUUUGGGGAAAGUGUGGAUCAUGACUGCCCAGAUGGAUUACAUAUUAACGGGAAUGCAAAGAAAAUGGGAUCGGCAGCUCUUUGAUGGGGCCAUUUUUUUAACCAUUCACUCCAGAGACAUUCCAGGGUUCAAGGAAUUCCUGAAGGUCAUGAAGCCUCCUUGGAUUCAAGAAGAUGGGUUUUUCCCACUUUUCUGGGAACAAGUAUUUGAUUGUUCAUUGCCAUCUCCUCCUAUGACUCUUCUGGAUGAUGACACUUGUACAGGAGAGGAGAGGCUGGAGAACAUUCCUGGGGCACUUUUUGAGGUGCAAUUGACUGGGCACAGCUAUAGUAUUUAUAAUGCUGUCUAUGUAUUGGCUGAAGCUUUACAUGCUCUCUCCUUACUUCGAUCUAACCCCAGGAAUUUGAGACGAAAGGUUGGAAAAGUGGAUCCAGAUGCUCCGAGUGGAAAGGAAUUAGACAUAAAUGAAGACAUGAUAAUCUGGCAUAGAUCAUUUAACCAGGUGCUUCCCAUUUCUCUGUGCAACGACUAUUGUCACCCUGGUUAUCAAAAAAGGAAGAAUGAAGGGAAAAAAUUCUGCUGUUACGAUUGUGUUCCAUGUCCAGAAGGGAAAAUCUCUAAAGAAAUGGACACUGCUGCUUGCUUUCAAUGUCCUGAUGAUCAAUAUGUAAACCAUAAGAAAGAUGGAUGUAUCAUGAAAACAAUUAACUUCUUAUUUUAUAAAGAAGUUUUAGGACUCAGUUUAGCCAUUGUUGCUACUUUCUUCUUCCUUACCACGACAUGGGUGUUGGGAACAUUUAUUAAGCACAAAGACAGUCCCAUUGUCAAAGCCAAUAAUCGAGAUCUCACCUACACCCUCCUCAUCUCCCUUCUGUUCUGCUUCCUCUGCCCUUUCCUCUUUCUUGGACAACCUGGGAGAGUCACCUGUCUCCUCAGACAGCCUGCGUUUGGCAUCAUCUUCUCAUUGUCCAUCUCUUGUGUGUUGGCCAAAACCAUCCUUGUUUCUCUUGCCUUCAAGGCCACCAAACCAGGAUCUCGGAUGAGGACAUGGGUGGGGAAAAGACUGGCUGUUUCUAUUGUCCUUCUCUGCUCUCUAGUCCAAGCUAGCAUUUGUACUGUGUGGUUGUCCACCUCUCCCCCAUUCCCAGAAUUAGACAUGCAUUCAGUCCCUGAAGAAAUGGUUCUACAAUGCAAUGAAGGGUCAGUUGUUACGUUUUAUUGUGUCCUGAGCUAUAUGGCCUUCCUUUCAUUUGCCAGCUUCUUUGUGGCUUUCCAGGCUCGUAAACUGCCUGACAGCUUUAAUGAAGCCAAGUUCAUCACCUUCAGCAUGUUGGCCUUUUGCAGUGUGUGGGUCUCUUUUGUCCCAACGUACCUGAGCACCAGGGGAAAAGCCAUGGUGGCUGUGGAGAUCUUCUCCAUUUUAUCCUCCAGUGCUGGGCUCCUAGGUUGCAUCUUUUUACCCAAGUGUUAUAUUAUUGUUUUGAGGCCUGAUUUAAACAACAGGGAACAACUGAUAAGAAGGCAUGUUUAA